AUGUUAUUUGUCACUCUAAUUCUGUUGAUAAUCUGCGUUGUAAAUGCAACUCCCGUGUCGUUGGCUAGAGCUUCUAGGUUCAAAGGGCUUGCCAACAAAGUAAAACAUGUAAACCGAUUUAUAAAUAUUCUUAAAAUUCGUCCAUAUCUCCAAGAUCAAACGCCGUCACCUGAAACCAUUUUGCAAUGGUACGAUCCGCUCAAAGGCCGUGAUUCGAUUGUCGUGGCUGGAAUGAAAAUCACUGCAAACGUCCCAUCUGUCAAUCUCGACAAUAUCCAAAGCCUUUUGUCUAUUAAAUGUAACCAAGAUCGAGUUACGAUGGUGCUUACUGAACCACUGCCAAGCAUCAACUGGAAAGUCCAAAAAACCCUGUUGGUGAUUGGAUCGCAACAUGGCUGUGGAGUUGGCAAUUCAGCCGAGCAGGCUCUACUUCUUGCUACCGACUGGAUGCUUGACGCUCAACGAAAAAUUGUCGUGUUUACAACCACUAACCCAGAAAAGGCUGGUGUUACUGGCAGUUUUGAAAUUCUUGCACUUCCUGGUGUCGAAAGCAGCCAGGGUGGUGGUAUCACUACUGAUGAUAUUUCUAAUGGUCAAGCUAGCACCCAUUUACUGCAAAAGCGUGGUCGAGUAUCCAAACCAAAUGCCAAAACUGUUGGUAUCGCACUCAACUUGGAUCUGAAAGCCAGUCCAUCAGUCGAACUUAACCCAGCAGAUGUAGGUGGUGUAUUCCGAGUCGGCUGCAAUCCAUGUGGCAUCAAAGCACAAACAACACUUUUAUUUCGUGCAGCCGGUCGACUGUUCAAAAAGCCAAAAUAUUCAUUGACCUGGGAAGGUGACAUAGACAUGUAUGCCAUGCUGUCGUUUGACAUAGGUGUCAGAUUAGACAAACGAUUGGUUUCCAUUCCAAUUUUUGAGUACCCACUGACUCCGAUAUACAUUCCUGGAGUGCUGUCUCUUGGCCCUAAGCUAGUUUUUGAGUUUAACAUGGAUGCGAGCAUUUCGGCUGAAGUUCGAUCAAAAGCAAAUCUGACCGUGUCCUAUUCCAACUUUGAAACCAGCAUUGCAUCUAAUGAAAAAAACACAUACCGCGGAUUCAAUCCUGUAUAUACUAGCAACGUCGAAGCCGACAAGCUUGUUGCUGAAACACGACUGGAAUUUGCACUCACCCCAAAACUCAAACUUGCAGCCGAAGUGUUUAAAUUUGAUCUUUUGGAAACGUCACUGUCGAUUGCAAACAAAGUUGGCAUCAACUUUGGUAUCCAAAAAGACAUAUCAAACCUUGAAAACAUCAAACGACUCGACUCUGGUCCGACUUCAUUCGAUGUAAAUUUAUCAGUUGAUGUUGGCAUGUCACUCGACGGUGAAAUCUUUGGAUUCUCAAAAGUCUUGUACACUAUUUUUACAAAAACCAUUUUUGAACGGCGCUAUACUGUCAACAAGAGCAAAACACUUGCAACUACAGGUCCUUGA